AAAUUGAAACUGAUCCUGUAUUCAUCAUGAAGUUGAUCGUCGCGGGCUCGACCGGUUUUGUCGGCAAUGAAAUCAUUCGCCAGGCAUUAUCUCACCCUGGCGUAACAUCUAUCGUUGCUCUCGGGCGUCGCGAAACCGCCAUCCCUGAGAACAUAGGACCUAAUGCCGACGUGGCGAAGCUCAAGUCCAUCGUAUGCGACGACUUCGAGAACUAUCCCGAAAGCGUGAAGAAGGAGUUGGCCGGAGCAGAUGCGUGUAUCUGGGCCGUCGCUGUGACUCCGUCACAAGUAAGCACGGUGGGGUGGGAACAGACGUGCAUAAUCUGCCGUGAUUACGCCAUCACGGGCAUUGAGACAAUCACGCAGCUUCCUCGCGGCGACGGCGACAAGAGACCGUUUCGCUGGGUGUAUAUCAGCGGAUCCAGCAGCGUGCGAGACCCAGCUGAGAGGCCAUGGGUGCUGGGCGAUUACUGUGUGAUGAGGGGCGAAGUUGAAUCGAAAGUCCUCACGUACGCCCAGGACUCCAAGGGUACGGUGGACGUAUGUGUAGCGAAACCUGGGUUGAUAGAUGCACCGGGCAAGAGUGGCCUAUUGAUGAAUCUAGUAAAGACGGUUGGGCGGGCACUCAUUGGCCUUCCGAAAGUUGACGUUAGUGAGAUAUCUGCUACACUAUUAGAUCAGGCCGUCAAUGGAUUUGAGAAAGAUACACUUCAGAAUGAGGACUUGGUCCGGAUUGGACAGGAGAUCCUUCAGGGGAAGCAAAAGUAAGUACGUCAGGUUCAUGCUUACUGCACUAUGUGGCCUGUGAUCCCUUGGAUUGCUUAUUUAGGUGGUCAGCACGUAUUUUGGGUGAAAACUAAAGCUAAUUAUAUAAUACAGGGGAUAGUCGGCUAUACAGGGCA